AAGCCACAUGUUCGAUUCAGAGACAUCGUGGUGGAAGAGCGUCUGAUGUUCCGGUGGUAGCAUCGUCUUGUUGUGCAGGAGCUCAGUCGCCACCGCUGCCAAAAUGCUCGUCCUAUUUGAAACCGCGGCUGGUUAUGCUAUAUUUAAAGUUUUAGAUGAGUCAAAGCUGGAGCAAGUGGACAGCCUGUUUAAGGAGUUUGAAACUCCCGAGAAGGCCAAUAAAAUUUUGAAGCUUAAGCACUUUGAGAAGUUUCAAGACACAACAGAGGCUCUGGCAGCUGCCACUGCACUUGUCGAGGGCAAAAUUGGGAAGAGUUUAAAGAAGGUGCUGAAGAAGAUUGUCGCCAAGGAAGCUCACGAGCAGCUCGCUGUCAGCGAUGCCAAACUUGGCGGUGUGAUUAAAGACAAGCUGGAGUUGAGCUGUGUUCACAGCCCGGCUGUUGCUGAGCUGAUGCGAUGCAUCCGAAGCCAGAUGGAAGGACUGAUCACUGGACUUCCUCCCAGGGAGAUCAGUGCCAUGUCCCUGGGUUUGGCCCACAGUCUCUCUCGGUACAAGCUGAAGUUCAGCCCUGACAAAGUGGACACGAUGAUUGUUCAAGCCAUCUCUCUUCUGGAUGACCUGGACAAGGAGCUGAACAACUACAUCAUGCGCUGCAGGGAGUGGUACGGCUGGCACUUUCCAGAACUUGGAAAAAUCGUCACAGACAACCUGGCUUACUGCAAAACAGUUAGGAAAAUAGGUGAUAGAACAAACGUGGCCGGGUCUGACCUGUCAGAGUUUCUACCUGAGGAAAUCGAAGCCGAGGUGAAACUGGCUGCAGAGAUCUCCAUGGGGACUGAAGUGUCGGAGCAGGACAUUGGCAACAUCAGACACCUUUGUGAUCAGGUGAUUGAAAUCUCUGAGUACCGCGCUCAGCUGUACGACUACCUGAAGAACCGCAUGAUGGCGAUUGCGCCCAAUUUGACGGUGAUGGUGGGUGAGCUGGUUGGCGCCCGUCUCAUCUCGCAUGCAGGCUCCCUUUUGAACCUGGCCAAGCAUCCAGCCUCUACGGUCCAGAUCCUUGGAGCAGAGAAGGCUCUGUUCAGAGCCCUGAAGACCCGUAAAGACACGCCCAAGUAUGGCCUUAUCUACCACGCUUCUUUGGUCGGCCAGACCACCGCCAAGAACAAGGGCAAGAUAUCCAGGAUGUUGGCAGCUAAAGCUGCACUGGCUAUUCGCUAUGAUGCACUGGGGGAGGACACCAAUGCGGAAAUGGGAGCUGAAAACCGAGCCAAGCUGGAAGCCAGGCUUCGGCAGCUGGAGGAGCGAGGAAUUAGAAGAAUCAGUGGAACAGGCAAAGCCAUGGCGAAAGCUGACGUGUACCAACACAAGAGCGAAGUGAAAAUCUAUGAUCCAUCCGGGGAUUCUACCAUCCCCUCCACCUCAAAGAAGAGGAAGUUUGAAGAGGUGGAGGAGGGAGAUGCCGAAGUGCCUGUCACACCCAAGGUCAAGUCCAAGAAAGCCAAAAAAGAAGUUGUAGCUGUUGAAGAAGAAGAAGAAGAAGAAGCAGCAGCUGAAGUGGCAGAAGAGACUCCCAAGAAAAAGAAAAAGAAGAAGAAGGUCAAGGCAGAAGAGGAGGAGGUGGAGAUGAAGGAGGAGGAAGAGGUAGAAGUUGCAGCAGAGCCCACAGAGAAGAAAAAGAAGAAAAAAAAGAAGGCGAAAGAAGAGGCCGAUGAGUGAAGAGUGGCCGUGUAUAUAUUUUUAAUUUUUGACUGUAUUAUACGAAAACAAGGACAUGUUUUAUAACUGGGCUGGAUGCUGCAUAUAUACUGUUCUCAGAUUAAUUUUCUUUCAGAUGUCUUAGUUUUCUGUUGUCACUAUUGUACUACUAUCGGGACAUGAGACUGUCUGACUGUGAGGAUCUCCAGUGAAAUAAACAUUUUCUUUUA